AUGUUUUUGUUUACACCCUUUCGAAAUUCAUCCAGUUUCUUUUUCAAAUCUCGAAAUCCAAUAGUAAAACGGUAAAUCCAGCCAAAUCUUGUAAACUGAUCGAGUUUAGAGCAAUGUCAACGAAGAAAUUGAAUCGUCUCGCGCAAGAGAAGUCACCGUACCUCCUUCAACACGCAGACAACCCAGUAGACUGGUGGCCAUGGGGUGAAGAGGCCUUCGAGAAGGCCAGGACUUUGAAACGGCCAAUUUUUUUGUCCAGUAAGUGUGUUACACUUGAUGUUUUUGACUUUUAGGUGUAAAAGAGGUGCGAGCGAGUGCAGGUGUCUAGAUGUUUGGUUUAAUGUGGUAGGGAGUCAUUUUACGACUAAAAACAGUCAUUAAUUUUUAUGUUAUUUGCCGCUUUGCAGAAUUGGGGCCAAGUUAUAUUAUACUAGGUAUGUCUACGUAAAAAGGCAGUAAGACGUCAUAAGCGCUUUUUAAAGUUAAAUUUUUACUGGAAUAAGUUGACGUAGGACCUAUUCUUGGUGAAGAGCAUCAAAAUUUAAGGGGGACAUAAGGAAGUUGAGGUGUUUGACAUCAUUUUAUAUUAGACUUGACGUAUUGAUAAAAAUUUGAGAAAAAAUUAUUCCAAAGUCAAUGAAGUUGGCUGAAACUCAUGUAGAAAUGUAGAAUAGACCAUACUUAAUGAUAAUAUUUUUAGUUGGUUACUCCACAUGUCAUUGGUGUCACGUUAUGGCCCACGAAUCAUUCGAGGACGAAGAAAUCGCCAAAUUUUUGAACGAAAACUUUAUUUCCAUCAAAGUGGAUCGUGAAGAACGACCGGAUGUGGAUCGAGUCUACAUGUCCUUUGUUCAAGCAAUGUUGGGAAGCGGUGGAUGGCCUUUGACAAUCUUCUUGGCACCAAAUUUGGCGCCAUUUUUGGGAGGGACGUAUUUUCCUCCGAAAGAUUCUCCAAAUCAAACUGGGCUGUUGAGCAUUUUGAAGCUGGUGGACGAGAAGGUGAGUGUUUCUGUUUAUUCUGUUGUUUUGAAGUUUAGGUUGAUCAAUUUAUAGCAAUUUAUAUUGUCCAUGGCAUUUGUCAUGGGUAAUAUAGAAUUGUCAGAAGAUAUUUGCUGUUUUAAUUGGAAGUCAAGGCCCUAUUUUAUUACGUGAAUCGAAGUUUUGUUCGAAAUAUGGAAAUUAAUAAGAGUUAUGACUCAUUUCAUAUUAUCCAUGGCUAUUUGAUGACAAAGCGAAUUUUCAGAUUUCCAGACAUGUUUUAUUAGAAGUUUUGUGUUUCUAAUUGAGGAAUGGGGCCUUAUUUACAAGUCGCACAAGUUUUUCCAAUGAGAUUUAACAAUUUCUCAAAGUUAUGGCCCAUUUUAUAUUAUCCAUGGCUAUUUGGUGCCAAAGCGAAUUUUUAGAUUUCCAGACAUGUUUUAUUAGACGUUUUGUGUUUCUAAUUGAGGAAUGGGGCCUUAUUUACAAGUCGCACAAGUUUUUCCAAUGAGAUUUAACAAUUUCUCAAAGUUAUGGCCCAUUUUAUAUUAUCCAUGGCUAUUUGGUGCCAAAGCGAAUUUUUAAAUCUUCAGGAAUCUUUUAUUAGAUAUCCCGUAUUUUACAUUGAAGACUGGGGCCUAUUUUACAAGUCACAAAAGUUUUUCCUAUGAGAUUUUACAAUUUCUCAAAGUUAUGAUCAAUUUUAUAUUAUCCAUGACACUCUGAUCUUUCAGUGGAAAGAAGAUGCCGCUGCGACAACCAAGCAAGCUGAUGUCUUGGCCGGUAUCCUCAAAGAGAAGCUGAAUACCAAGGGAAGUACCGUGGAAGUUGAUUUCCUCAAGAUUGAUGAGAAAUCUAUCGAGCAUUUCGAAAAAUCCUUCGACUCCAAACAUGGUGGAUUUACGGUUGCGCCAAAGUUCCCAGAACCUUGUAGGUUUGGUUGAGAUUUGUUGUAUGGCUUAUUGAAGAAGUUAGAAGAGUAAUGAGAAGUGAAUUUUCAGCAAAUUUUGUCUUCUUAUAUCACUACAUCACCUUCAACAAAGGGGCGGAAAAGGCGAUUUUGACCGAAAAAUGGGCCACAAAAACGUUGGAUGCGAUGAAUGCCGGGGGAAUUCAUGAUCAUAUUGGAGGGGUAAGUGGAAAUUUUGGAAAAUUAAAAAAAAAACUUAAUUAAAAAAUAAAAAAAAAAUUUUUUGGUAUUUUAGUUUUCAAAAUGGUUGAUUUGUGGGCAGUUUAUUGUGUAUAUGCAAAAUUUAAAGAAAUUGGGACCUUACGCUUGGGGCAGCCCCCAAAAAUAUCGAUUUUUCUCCAAUUUUUCGCCUUUUUCAGGGAUUCCACCGUUAUUCCGUCGACCCCACCUGGCAUGUCCCGCACUUCGAGAAAAUGCUCUACGACCAAGCCCAACUCCUCUCGGCGUACGCGAAUUUCCAUCGUCUCGGGCAUGAGUACGCCACCGUCAUCAGAGAUAUCAUCGGAUAUCUGAAGGAACGGCUCUUGUCCAAAUCUGGAGGCUUUUAUAGCGCCGAAGACGCGGAUUCCCUGCCGAAAACGGACUCGCCGAAGAAAACGGAAGGCGCGUUUUACGUGUGGACCCGCGACGAAACGGAUGAGCUGCUGGAGGACAUUGCAAACGUGAUCAAUGAGAAUAUCACUUAUGGAGAGCUGUUUGGGACAAGUUUUGAUGUUCGAAUCGAAGGAAAUGUGGAUAGAGUUUUUGUAAGUGGAGUGUUUUGGAUUGAAUUUGGGUUAGGAAGUGAUUCGGAGAGUUUUGAUCGACUUCCCCUGAUCUUCAGGGUUUUCGUGGUGGGACCAAAAAUUAAAAAAAAAAAUGGCUGGAAACGUAUUUUACGACGACGUUGAGUACUCUAGAGCUUAUUUGGAGUAUCUUUGACGUUUGAUUUCAAAAUUUGGCAUGUUUCAGGUUUUCGUGGUGGGACCAAAAAUUUUUUAAAAAUGGCUGAAAACGUAUUUUAAGGUAAAACAGAGUACUCUAGUGAUUAUUAUGAGUAUUGUUGACUUUUGUUUUCGAAAUUUGACACUUUUCAGGUUUUCGUGGUGGGACCAAAAAUUUACAAAAAACCACUAAAAACAUGGUUUUAUACCAUUUUUGAUAUUUGCUUCAGCUUGUAGACAUUAUUUUGCCUUUAUUUUUUAAACUCAGCUCAGUUCAAGUUUUCGCUGCGAGACCCAGUUUACUAAAAAAAAAGUUAUAAAAUUUAAUUUCAGGACCCUCACAACGAGCUCAAAGGCGUCAACGUCCUCCACCGCACUCGCCCCAUUGCGGACUUGGCCCAGGAAUUCAAGAUGUCCGAAAAAGACUACCUCUUCUGUCUUGAUGAAUGUAAGAAAAUUCUGAAAGAACGCCGCGACCAACGACCCCGCCCCCAUCGCGAUAACAAAGUCAUCACCUCGUGGAAUUCGAUGACAAUCAGUGGACUUGUCGAUGCCGCGAAAGCUUUGCCUGAGAUCAAAAAAGAGGCCUUGGAGUUGGCGGAGAACUCUUUAAAAUUCAUUGAAAGCAAUUUGAUGGACUUGGAGAAAUAUGAAUUACAGCGAAGUGUUUUGGUCGACGAUCAAGGAGAGGUCAAGAAAAGGUGGGAUUUUGGGAAAUUUUAGAGAGAUUUGGGAGGUUUUUUGGGUUACGGUAGGUUUAAUCGACAUUUUUUUGGUAGUUAAAUGUAAAACUGAUCAUUAUUUUUUGUAACCUUGACGUCUAGAGCAAUUUCGUGCAGUUUUUGGCCAUUUUUGAGAGACUUCAGGUUUUCGUGGUGGGACCCGAUUUUUUUAUUUCAGUGUCUUUUUGAGGAUAAAUUUGAAUUUUAGACGAAACGUUUGGUUCCUAGAGCAAUUCUAGCCAGUUUUCGACCGCUUUCGAGCCAUUUCAGGUUUUCGUGGUGAGACCCAAUUUUCAUGAGUCACCGUCUUUUUGGGGAUAAAUUUUUAUUUUAGACAUAACGUGGGGUUCCUAGAGCAAUUCUAGCCAGUUAACCAUCGAAUUUGAGGCACUUCAGGUUUUCGUGGCGGGACCCACAAUUUUUGAUUUUUUUCAAAUUUCUUUUCUUUUUUUUAUUUUUUUAGGUUGAACACGAGUAAUAAUGAUAAUCUUUUACUGUUUUCAGCAACCCCAUCCCAGCAGUCGCCGAUGACUACGCCAAUUUGAUCAAGGCCUAUCUAGAUUUAUUCGAAUUCACCCAGAAAGAUGACUACUUGGUAAAGGCGAUCAAAUUGCAAGAAGUAUUCGAUAAGAAGUUCUAUGACACAGAGGACAAGUCCGGAUACUUUUUGAAUGAGACCAAUGUGAAUUUGUACAUGCGACCCAAAAAUGGUAAGGAAAUGCGGUUUUUAUUGGAAAAAAGUCAAAUCUUUUAUCAAAUUUACAGGGUGCGGCAAUUUUUCGGCCGGAUUUGAACUGGCUAUAACUUUUUUAGUUUUUAUCCGAAUGUUAAAAUUCUUUUUUUCCCUAAAUCCUCAGACAACCCCAUUUUGUUUAAUACCAAAUAUGUUAUAUAUACAGGGACCUAGUUCGUAGUUAUUGGCCUUUCGGUCAUUUUCUCUGCUUUUUCGGCGUGUGUGAAAAUCGCCAGAAAAAAUGACUUUUUUUACGAAUUUUGUCGUAAAAAGUUUCAUGCCUGUUCAUGCCAUGGAGAAUACCGUUUCCACAAAAAAUCAGCUAUCUCCGCACAAAACUAGCGAAGAUAUAGCCAAAAAGUCUUUCUGUGUGACCACUCAUGUGUCCUCCUGAUCGCAAAGAAUCGUUGAAUAUCUUGGUCGCUCCUGAAAGGUUCGGGCUGAAACUUCCAGGAAUUGAUGUGUGGCCUGUGUCUGGCCCAUGUGCAAAAUUUAAAGAAAAUCUGAGAGUCGCACUAGGGCUAAUUCCAUUGACAGCUAUGAAAAUUAGUGCUUUUUCUUUGUCUCGAAUUUUUACUGUAGUCUAUUGAACGGGUAUAACAUAUUUGGUAUUAAACAAAAUGGGGUUGUCUAUGGAUUCAGGGAAAAAAAGAAUUUUAACAUUUGCCCAAAAACUAAAAAAGUUAUGGCCAAUUAAAAUCCGGCCGAAAAAUUGCCGCACCCUGUAAUGCUUUUGUUAUGAAAUUUUUUAUGGAGCAGUAAUUUAUGGGCCUUAUGCAAGAAGCUGAAGAAAUUUUCAGUGGUUUUCGAUUAGUUUUUUUCGAAUUUUGGGUCCCACCACGAAAACUGGAAAGUUUGGAAUUGUGACGGAAACUUGUUUUUUGGGCUUCUGGAGGGAUGAUUACGAUGUUCUGAGGUAAUUUUGGUAUUCUUCGGCAAUUUUUUUUUAACUUUCGGGUCCCACCACGAAAAGCUGAAACUUUGGAAUUAUGCCGGGGAUUUGUUUUUUGGGCCUCUGGAGAGAUUAUUACGAUCUUCUGGGGCAAUUUUAAUACUCUCAGGAAAUUUGCUCUCAAUUUUUGGGUCCCACCACGAAAACCUGAAAUCUCCGAAUUUGAUUGGAAAUCCUAUCGAACGAGUUGACAAGGCCCCACGUGGCAACUAUUAAUGAUUUCCGCGAAAAUAUCUAUCUGAAUUGCUCUAAAUUUCUCGUAUUUUAGAGCAAGACACCGCCGAGCCGUCCCAUAACUCCGUUGCCGCCGAAAAUCUCCACAGACUCCAUGGGUUCGCCGGAGAUGAAAAGUACAAAAAACAAGCGACAGAACUGGUCCAAGGACUCGGAGAAACGCUGAAUAGAAAUCCAAAUGCCCUUCCGUAUUUGGCAUCCGUCGCUCAUCGAUUGGGAAAGUCCGGCACACAGGUAAGAGACAAAAAAUUUUUGGUGUUACAGUAACCCAGGUGACCUGAGACUUUGAGAUUUUAACGGAAAUGUGUUUUUUAGACCUCAGGAAGAACAUUUAUAUAGUUUUCCCCUAAAAAUUCGAGGGUUUUCCAAUUUUGGGUCCCACCACGAAAACCUGAAACUUUGAUAUUUUUACGGAAAUGCGUUUUUUAGACCUCUGAGCUAUUCAUAUAUUUUUUUCAAGAAAUCCAAACUUUUUCCAAUUUUUGGUCCCACCACGAAAACCUGAAACUUUGAGAUUUGACUCCAAAUUUAAUUCUGACUUAUUUUAGGUCCUCGUGGUCACCCCAACCUUCGACGAAAAUACAGAAAAGGCGCUGGAAUUGAUCAACCAAACUCCAAUCCCCAAUUCGACGUUGAUCCUCCUAGAAUUGGAUAAAGAGUCGUAUAUCCGAAAAAACAACCCUCAUGUGGCGGAAAUGGCCGAAUACAUGAAGGACUGGAUGGUUCAGAUCUGCCAAGAUGAGAGCUGUGGAAUGCCAGCGCAGAAUUUAAAUCAACUUGAAAUCCAGUUGAAGGAGUACAGAAAGUAA